CUUCGUUCGCACGGCAGUAGCGGGCCAGUCACGCCAAGGUGUAAGUUUUAAGGGUGGUGUCUGGACUUCUCUGUUUCCCCGGCAGUGGCCAUAUAACAAAAAGCUGGCACAACAUCCGCAGAGAGGCGCUUUCCGUCUUUCUCAUGUUGUAUCAUCAGCGUGGGCAUUCAUGGAACGUGUACAGUUGACUGGGCGAGGAAGACGGAAUGUUAUUCAUCCGCACUGGAUACUUAAUUUGAUUGUCAGCUGUUGAUUUAGAAUAAGCUAACUUUUACAGAGAUCACGCUAAGAAUCUUAUGCCUUAUAAUGAUCCGUUUCACCCAAAUGCAGUGUUACUGCUUAUCAUAACAACAUACAUUUAGUUUUAGACUAAUGAAUAUUGAUAAUAAUUGUUGCAGUUUGCUUACCUGCUGUGCGUGGUUGUGUUUGGAGAACUUCCAAACACAACCACGUGUUGUGUUUUUGUUUUCACGCUUUUAACACAGUGUCUGUUUGUGUCGCCUGUGCGAAAGGGGAUAAGUUGUUUCCCUUACCGCGUGUCCCGGCUUUGCGUGGUACAGACAGUCGUGUGUUUCACCUUUGAUGGCACCUCCGGCGAGCACCACGCGCCGCGCUCGGUAGACCCCACCUGGGUUGCUUUCUAAGCAGGUCUGUUGUUGGGGCGAUGCUGGCGGGGAGUCCGUUGGAACUGGUCUCCGCGUGAGAGGAAGAUAAGCAGCAACGACAAGGUUUAUCCCUCCCCAGUUUCAUCUUCUGCUGAUAACUCCGCGGUGUAGGGCUAACGAUAACCCCAAAGUCUCUUUGAUGGGAGGGUUCUGCUUAGCCCACGGACGCUGACUUGAGCUGGGAAGCGGGGACCCGACAGAGCGCGGACAGAUCGGACCCAGUCAGCGGCCAAGUGUCGAUUUUCGCGACUCUUUAUCUGCGAUUUUGGGAAGUAUACAGAAGACCUACAGCUUUGCUUAGUGAAUUCAGGGGCACUCAGCUACCCUGUUGGAAUUUAUCUCAGAGCAAAAAUGGUUUUUCCCUGGGACGCAAAAUACGACCCCACCGUGGGGCGCCGCUUUACGCCUCCGUCCGCAGCCCUGAGUCCAGGGAAGAUGAGCGAAGGGCUGCCUCUGGGUGCUCAGGACAACAGCGCUGCCCUGGUGGCCAAAGUGUGCGCUGCUGACCAGAGUACGACACAGACACUGUCAGAGCACCCAGGGGAGCUGAUCCGCACCGACAGCCCCAACUUCCUGUGCUCCAUCCUGCCCUCACACUGGCGCUGCAACAAGACCCUGCCCAUCGCUUUCAAGGUGGUCUCUCUGAGUGAAAUCCCCGACGAUACGCUGGUGACCGUGAUGGCGGGGAACGAUGAGAACUUCUCGGCGGAGUUGCGGAAUGCCAUGGCGGGCAUGAAGAGCCAGGUGGCGCGCUUCAAUGACCUGCGCUUCGUGGGCCGCAGCGGGCGAGGGAAGAGCUUCUCUCUCACCAUCACCGUCUUCACCACGCCCCCCCAGGUGGCCACCUAUCAGUGCGCAAUCAAGAUCACCGUGGACGGGCCAAGAGAACCACGCCGGCACAGGCAGAAGGUGGAGGAGCUGGCGAAGUUGGGCUCCCAGAGUUUCUCUGAACGGCUUAGUGAGCUGGAGCAGCUGAGGCGCAGCACCCUGAGGAGGAGCCCCCACCCCCACCCCCACCCCCACACGCCCGCCACCAACCCCCGCCUCAACAGCGCCCCCUUCAGCAGCUCCUCCCAAAUGCCUGACUCCAGACAAAUGCAGAAUUCGCCUUCUUGGUCUUACGAGCAGUCCUACCCUUACCUGGGACAAAUCUCCGCCUCCACGGUCCACUCGGCCACGCCCAUCUCCCCUGGACGGGCCAAUGGCAUGCCCACGCUCACUGACCUGUCCAGUCGACUCUCAGGUGCAGACCUGGCGGUGUUCAGUGACCCGCAUGUGAGUCUAGAGCGGCCUUUCUCCUUCCCAGACCCCCGCCUGCACUACCCCCCCAGCUCCUUCACCUACACCCCCACCCCCAUCCCUGCCCGCUACCACACCUACCUGCCCCCCCCAUACCCUGUAGGCUCCGCCCAGGGCAGGCCCUUCCAGACUGGCUCCUCCCCCUACCACCUGUACUACAGCACAGCAGCCAGAUCGUACCAAUUCUCCAUGGUGCCCGGGGGGGACCACUCACCCCCCCGCAUCCUGCCACCUUGCACGAGUGCCUCCACAGGCUCCGCCCUUCUCAACCCAUCCUUGCCCAAUCAGACAGAGGGGACGGAGACUGAGGGCAGCCACAGCGGCUCCCCUACCAGCAUGGCUGCAGGAGCCGGACGCCUGGAGGAGGUGGUGUGGCGGCCAUACUGAGGCCCCACCCCUCUGCACGCCACCGUGUCACUUCCUGCACCCAACCAUGUCAGUUCCUGCACCCCACUGUGUCACUUCCUGCACCUCACUGUGUCACUUCCUCCUUCCUUGCUGAUGGGCCUGAUGGACUGGUGGGCCGGUUGAGUGUGUCAGGCACACUGGCAAACUGUUGAACCCUCUUCUUUUUUUUCUGUGGAUAAAACAGUAUGGGAUUACACCUGUCAGGAAUUCAUCAUUUAUACUUAUCCUUAUUGUAUUUUUUAAAAAGAAUUUUGAAAUUAUUAAUAAUUAUUUUCAGCCUCAUUAUGUUUCAUGUAUUUUGAAGAAAUCGAAGUUGACUCAGGUUGUUGGUUUAAAAAACAGAAAAUGUGGAUUUAUGUGGAAGAUCAGCAGCUCCUCCGCAUUUGUGUGAACAGUUUCUGGAUCAGUUUCUGGUCCUAGAAUAAGAACCAAUCAGGUUAAACAUGAUGUUGUUCACGUUGUGUGUCAUAUAAAGAUCUUUUUAUUUAAAUAAUUGUGACUGUGAAUAUUUAAGUGUAUGCAACAUUGCACCAGUUAUUGCAAUUAAAAUGAGUUUGUGUA